AUGUCUAUUCGGGAACAGGCGCUGUCACUGUCCCUGUUUUCGCUUCUACUUCCUUCGUCUUCAACAGCAGUGCCCAUGGAGCAGACAUUUUUGCUGGGCGAGAGGAGGCGUAUGCUUACAGUCGGCUGGCGAACCUCCGGACAAGCAGCCCGAUGGAUGGCCAUUGCCGGGCUGGCCGCUGCCAGUGACAACAUUGUUUCCGCGUCGACGAUCUCUGAAGAAGCAUAUACGCAGUUCCGAUACCGUUUCCCCAGCCAGGGCAUAUCAGUCAAGUUUAUUGACGUUGAGGAUGCAGAUGUCCUGCGAAAUGCCAUCGACGACAGAACAAAAGCCGUAUACGUCGAGAGCCUCUCACCUCCACAUCCUGUAAUUGCUUCAAUACAUAUCCUAACGCUUUGUAGGGACAACACCCCCGGAGCAGGAGGCUAUCUCUGUCGACCGAUCGACCACGGUGCCGACAUCGUCAUCCACUCUGCCUCCGAACGGCUCGGCGGAUUAGGACACGCCAUCGCAGGCGCCAUUGUUGACAGCGGGAAAUUCCCCUGGAACGUCCACGCGAGACGAUUUCUGCAUCUGACGGAACCUGCGCCGGGAUACCACGGGAUGAAGUUCUGGGAGAAAUUCGGCGACAAGGCCUACAUUUUCUACGUGCGAAGCGCGCUCUUGCGAGAUGCAGGACCGUGUCUGAACCCUUUCGCUGCCUUCAGCCUGCUUGCGGGCAUGGAAACGUUGUCGGUUAGGAUGGACCGACAUAGUGGGAAUGCCCUCGCGUUGGCCAGAUGGCUGGAGGGACAUGAGAAGGUGGCGUGGGUGGUGUAUCCUGGCCUCCCAUCCCAUCCCUCCUUUGAAAGAGCGAAACGAUAUCUCCGGAAUGGAUUCGGAGGACUUCUCUUCUUCAGACUAGCUGCUGGAGAUGAAGCGUCGCAGGCUGCCAUGCGAAAGUUCAAGCUGGUUCGGAAUGCUGAUGGCAUCGGCACAACACAAACACUCGUUCAUUACCAUCGUGUAGCGACAGGAUCAUAUGUCCAAGAAAGCCCUUCUCAGCAGAGCGACCAUAAUACAGCCGCCAUGCGCGUAUCGGUCGGACUCGAGCAUAUCGAUGACAUCAUCGAGGAUUUCAGGCAGGCUUUGGCAUGCGUUUAG